AUGCCAUCACGAAACUCCACUGUGCCCAACUUGGACCUGAGCAAUGUCAAAUCGAGCAAUGUCAAAUCAAGCAAUGGCAAACUUUCAUAUCCUCUAUCAGCAGGAGCCCAAAGUUCGGGCGGCCUGAGCCCCAUGUCUGCAAGUUCGAACAAAUCCCAUUCGAGUUUCGCUUUGUUCAAAGGUCCUUCGACCAUCCGUCCUGUCACGCAAGACUCGAACAUCUCAGCGACCAGUCCUACAAGUCCCAACAGCCCGGUCUCACAUGGCCACUCGGACACCGAACUCUCGACUGAACCUAUUACGCCUGGCAUCACAGCCAUUCCACAGUUUUUCCCCUCCCCCAAAGACCCAGGGAAGCAUGCGCGCGAUGCGUCCAAGUCGUUUUUUGGCAAUCUGAAGGCACCAAAGUCAUCACAUCGACAAAAUAGAUCCGAUAGCUCAGAGAACUCAACUUCAACAGACUACUCCAAGAGCUGGAACAACUCAAAAGACCGGAGGUUAUCGAUGGCACCGAAGAUGUCCGAGUCGACGCCAGAUUUGCCCGGCAAACUUGCGCGGGCGACCGAGUAUGAGAAUAAUCGAAAGAGUCCAUCCAAGAACAAGACAGGUCAACAGUCGGACCAAAAGACGGCCAAUCCUGAAGCCGAUACAGCGCCUGCGAAAAAGAACAAGCGAUUUGCAAACCUCCUCACACGCACUCGAUCUAUCCGAGUCGAUGAUUCGUCCAAAAACAGAGCAAUUAAUCGACGACCGUCAACGGGUCUCGCCAAAUUAGAAGAGUUCAGCCAAGAUCAACCGCAGAGCCAGAAUCCAUCACAGACAGUAAAACCAUCGACAAAGCCUCCGCGACCAACUCGAUCGCAACGCCCAGCUGAGCGUCCAACGGAACCCAUCCCAAUUCCCAUCCCCGCUCGCAGUGAAUCGAAAUCAAAUGGAGGAUCGAUGGUAUCGAUAACCCCAUCUAACUCACUGAGCCAGGUAUCGGGUGCAUCAACGGCGAUCUCCAAUUAUUUAAAGCUCUCAUCAAGCGGCGCUGCGGACCGGCUUGGUAAGGCAGGUAAGGGCUUCUUCGGCAAGAUCACUCGGAGUGGCAGCACCAACGAACGGGAGCUGAUCAACGAUGACACCUACGUUUGCCAUAUCAUCAACCUCCCCCUCAUCGAACAGGCUCGAAAGACUCGCAUUGCGAAGAAACUCGAAGACUGCAGGGAUAAGACCGAGUUCUGGAUGCCUGCACUUCCAUACCGUUGCAUCGAUUAUCUGAACUUUAAGGGCUGCGAAGAAGAGGGUCUCUACCGAGUACCUGGAAGUGGCAGAGAGGUCAAACACUGGCAGCGGCGAUUUGAUACCGAAUUUGAUAUCAGCUUAUUUGACGUGCCUGACCUUUAUGACAUAAAUACGGUUGGGUCCCUGUUCAAAGCCUGGCUUCGAGAAUUACCAGAAGAGCUUUUCCCGAAAGCGACUCAGGAUAUGAUCGCAGAGCAGUGCGAGGGUGCGACUACCGCUCCCCAGCUCCUCAAGGAUGAACUUUCGAAACUCCCCCCUUACAACUACUACCUUCUUUUCGCAAUCACAUGCCAUCUCAAUCUCCUCCACUCAUACGUCGAUCAAAACAAAAUGGACUACCGCAAUCUGUGCAUCUGCUUCCAGCCUUGCAUGCGUAUUGACGCUUUCUGCUUCUGGUUCCUGGUUUGUGACUGGAAGAACUGCUGGCAGGGUUGCUGGACUGAAAAGGAGUUCAUAGCGAAAGAGCAAGAAAUGAAUGAUGAUGAGGAAAAUAUUAAGUCCAAGCCCUCGGAUGACCAACCCCCUCCAAGGCUUGAAAUACUUCUUAACUCUUCAAGCCAUGAACGUGCCAUAUCCUCAGGAUCCAGCUCACAUACCGAAGAAGAGCAGCCGCGACCUCGUCCACAAACAUCCGGAAGCCGAAAAGCAAGGCCAAAGAACAUUGAGACUAGACCCACACACUCGCGAAGCAUCUCACAGCUUCCUGAACUUGGCCCUCCACUCUCACCGAUCAAAAUUUAA